ACUCUGUAAAUACGGAUCCGGGACACCCUUACGAAUACAAGCAUGCCGAGUAGCUCAAAAGACGACGCAGCCGCUCGCAGUCGGCUCAACAAAAACUCAGGCGAACCGCGAGACCUUGCACGCUCCUCAUAAACCCUGGCUGCCGUAUACGUAGGUAUUCGCAGUUCUCCCCUCGGCCGAUGAACCGUACCAUGGCUCCAUGCCCCCGCUGCAGACUGCAGGUGGGCUAAGCCACCUUUACCAAUGGCCCAGCGAUUUUGGCAACAACGGAACGGACUUGAUGUCUCCGAGGCCCCUCUCCCUCCCCACAUCAUGGAGACGACCUGCGUCCGGAUUGCCUUCUUGCAGACCCCGCCUCUGCUGGGGCGCUCUCCUGCAUGUUGGCUGGCCAGCUUCGACCGUCCGUAGCUGGCCUCGGGCUAUUUUGGAACGGUUCAAUGGCCUCAAAGCUGGUUGCCUGGUCGUGACGGAUGGGCGAUACGCGAUGCUGCCAUGGCACGGUGAACGGGUCAUACGGUUUAGUGGGAACCUCCUCACGGGAAUGAUUUCUUCCUGGAGGAUCGCUGAAUCAUGCGCCUAAUUGUUCGACGGUUCGCUGGCUGUCAAGGCCGUCAUCCCCCCUGUGGUUGGCUAGAAAAUCCGGUCUAGCCCGAGCACCAGGUGGAUCGCGGAGUGC